GGGAGUCCCACAUAAACACCACACUCUUUUACAGCUCACUACUCUGCCCACUGAUCUUCUUUUUGGAAAUUAAUUUUUAACUUUUUUUUAACCGAUAAAUAAAUAAAUAUAUGAUGCAGUACUGAAAUCUCGAGCUCAAUCCCCAUCUCCUCUAAUGGCGAUAUCUCCAAUUACAACCAUUUCUACCAUCUUUUUCUGUACAUUGUUUCUUACGCCUUCUUCAAUUGAAGCAGCAGAGCAGAGGAAAACCUUCAUAGUCCGUGUCAAGCACGAAGCGAAACCUUCCGUUUUCCCCAAUCAUAGUAAUUGGUAUGAAUCUUCUCUGAGAUCCAUCUCCGCCGCUUCCGUCGGCGUUAUCCACUCGUACGACACCGUUUUCCAUGGUUUCUCCGCCAGUCUAUCGGCUUCGGAAGCUGUCAAGCUGGAAAGCCUGCCUGGGAUAAUCGCGGUGAUUCCGGAGCAAGUGAGGCAACUGCACACCACGCGCUCGCCGGAGUUUCUCGGCCUGAAAACUGGUGAUAGUGCUGGGUUGUUGAAGGAGUCGGAUUUCGGGUCGGAUCUUGUAAUUGGAGUUAUCGACACCGGGAUCUGGCCCGAGAGUGAGAGCUUCAAUGAUCGAGACUUAGGUCCUGCUCCGGCGAAAUGGAAGGGCGAAUGCGUCGCUGGUGCGAAUUUUCCGGCGAGUACGUGUAAUUUGAAAUUAAUCGGAGCUAGGUAUUUCUGCAACGGAUACGAAGCAACAAACGGUAAAAUGAACGAGACUACUGAGUUCCGUUCGCCUAGGGAUUCCGACGGUCAUGGCACCCACACGGCCUCAAUUGCCGCCGGAAGGUACGUGUUUCCAGCUUCGACUCUCGGCUACGCUCGUGGCAUGGCGGCUGGAAUGGCGCCCAAGGCUCGGCUCGCGGCUUACAAAGUCUGCUGGAACGCCGGCUGCUACGACUCCGACAUCCUCGCCGCCUUCGACGCCGCCGUAGCCGACGGUGUCGACGUCAUCUCCCUCAGCGUCGGCGGAGUGGUCGUGCCCUACUACCUCGACGCCAUAGCCAUCGGCGCGUUCGGCGCUUUCGCCGCCGGAAUAUUCGUCUCCGCCUCCGCCGGCAACGGCGGCCCCGGCGGAUUAACGGUGACAAACGUCGCUCCCUGGGUUACAACCGUCGGCGCGGGUACCAUGGAUAGGGAUUUCCCCGCUGAAGUCAAGCUCGGCAACGGCAGAAUAAUUCCCGGCGUAAGCGUCUACGGCGGACCAGCCCUAGCGCACGAUAAGCUCUACCCACUAAUCUACGCCGGCAGUGAAGGCAGCGACGGUUAUUCCUCUUCCCUCUGUCUAGACGGUUCAUUAGACCCAAAUGUGGUCAAAGGCAAAAUAGUACUCUGCGAUAGAGGAAUCAACUCCAGAGCUGCAAAAGGUGAAGUGGUGAAGAAAGCCGGCGGAGUUGGUAUGAUUCUAGCCAACGGAGUCUUCGACGGAGAAGGCCUCGUUGCCGACUGCCACGUCUUGCCGGCGACGGCUGUCGGAGCUUCCGCCGGAGACGAAAUCAGAAAGUACAUCCAAUUAUCUCAGAAAUCGAAUUCAAAAUCUCCGCCGCUCGCAACGAUAAUAUUCCGUGGGACCCGCCUGAACGUUGCUCCGGCGCCCGUUGUCGCCUCCUUCUCCGCCAGAGGCCCGAAUCCAGAAACCCCCGAAAUUUUAAAGCCCGAUCUAAUCGCACCGGGUUUGAAUACGAAAGGAAUUCCUGUUGUGGAUUUGUACGAUUACAUCGAUUUCUUGUGCAAUUUGAAUUACACGCCGAAGAACAUCGAAAUGAUUACGCGAAAGGGGGCCGACUGUAUCGGGGCGAAGAGGGCGGGGCAUAUUGGUAAUUUGAACUACCCUUCGAUGACGGCAGUUUUCCAACAAUACGGAAAGAGUAAGCUCUCGACGCAUUUCAUAAGGAGCGUGACGAAUGUGGGGGAUUCGAAUUCGAUUUACACGGUGAGGAUUCGGCCGCCGCACGGGGUGGCGGUGGUGGUGGAGCCGGAGAGGCUGGUAUUCCGGCGGGUGGGGCAGAGGUUGAAUUUUCUGGUGAGGGUGCAAGUGGAGGCGGUGAAGGGGUUGUCUCAGGGGAGUUCGGUUGUGAAGAGUGGGUCAAUAGUGUGGUCUGAUGGGAAGCAUAUUGUGAAUAGUCCAGUAGUUGUCACUCUGCAGCAGCCACUUUGAUCAAAAAAAAAAAAACCUUAAUCUUUGCUAAGAAAAGAUUUGUGAGAUAAAUAUAUAUAUAUAUGUAUGUAUAAUGGGGCAUCUUUCUAGUUGAGAAAGUAGCCAUAAGAGUAAGUUGGUUUGUAGGUGUUGUUGAUCAAGAGUUUGUGUAAUAACAUGGUAGAAUCAAGAAUGUUUUUUGUGAAGAAAAGAAAAAA